AUGUUUCCAGUUAGACUAAACCGAGACGAUAGGAAGAAGUCGAAAACUCCCAAGCCGACCUCCAAGUCAUCGACCCGCUCGUCAACCAAGGAUCGUGACCUCGACUCUCCCACGGCUCGGUCCUCCUCAAUAUCAUCCAAUACCGCCCGUCAACGCCGGUCCUCGAUGCCUGGCCUUGACACCACUCGGUCGGGAACAGCUUCGUUCCUCGAAUCGAGAAGCAGUCUACCCUAUCCCAAUUUCUCGAAAGCUCACAGCAAGGAGGACGUUCGAAAAGCCAAUAUCCCCACGCCGGACCCGACCGAUUUGACGGAACUCGAUGAAGAUGGGAAGACAAAUGGCGCCGGCCAUCACCGCACCGAAAAUCACCAUGCGCCUCCUAGUCCGCCCUUGACUGGCCUAGACCACGAGUCGGCGAGGAAGGACAGUGUUGUUAACGAGAAUGACAAGGAGGAUAAACCCAAGAAGAAAGCAAGCAUCAGGAUCAGAGCGGAGAUUAACAGGUCCUCAUCGAGUUUACGAUCGAAGCGGGAUGACAGCGACAAGUCCAAGUCCAGCAAGACUUCGAGAACAGAGACGCCUACAAGAUCUAAAAGCACCAGGGAGGAGAGCGAACCGGCUCGCUCGUCAAGCCACAAGUCCAAACCAAAGAUUUACGAUGAUAUGAAACUACCCAAACGGUCGAGCCGCUCGACCAUGUCCGCCUCACAGUCCAACGUCACACUUCGUGAUAUCGGCCCAGAGUCGCCCAAUGGAUCCGACGCGACAUCCAUUGCUCCCAAUCAGCAGCAUUCAGUACCACGAAAGCCCAUGACCCCGCCCACCAAGCCUCCCUCCCGCACCCAGAACCGAUCGUCUAUGUCCCACCGCCGCCCUGCCAGCGAUGAAGAAUCGAUCGAUUUUGUGAAGCCUAUGAACCCGAACGCGUUUGGAGCACCCCCACCGCCUCCACCUCCGCCUGAAAUGCCCGCCACUAUACCUCGUGUGGAUUACUUGUUGAAAAAUGGUGGACUGGAUCAUAAAGUCUCGAGGGCACUGCUGGCUGGCAUCGGCCAGACUGAUCCAUUCUCGCAAGGACAAGCCCACUCCCGGGCUGUCGCUGGGAAAAUCUUUGAUCCAUAUAACCGCUUAUUAGAUGACUAUCAGAAAGUCAUGAGCAAGAAUGGAUCUCUUGCUGUGGCUACAGGAUAUCGAUCCGUCGCCCGGCGUCUAUUGGAUCGUCUCGAAGCAGUAUUCGCGCGCGAUAUCUCGUCUGAACCAUGUAGUUGCCAGAUUUGCGACCAAGCGGAGUUUGAGGAUCGGCCGGAUGGGGUGAGCUGGGGCGAGGUUCUGGAGCUCGUUUCUGGCCGAAGGGAGCUUCCGAUGUGGCCUCCUUUCACGAUGGCGCCAGCUACUGUCGAUACCGGUGCACCAGGCGAUGAGCAUAUCCCAAUGCAAAAGCUUGACGUCGAUGUUCCUGAAGAGUACCGUGAGCACUUCAUCAGGCAAUCGCGAAAGACAAAAGUCGCCGUCGACAAAUGGCUUUACGAGCAGAACGACCCAGGCACUAGUGCUCCUAAUGAAGUCGACGAUGAAACAUUGACCUUUGCUAUGCUCACGCACCUCCACUCCCACCAACGCUCCUUAUUCUGCUCUUUGCUCGGCAUCAAUUCUGCUACUCCUGUCCCACGAUCCGGUGAUGAAAAGCCCCGACCGAAGCCUUCUGCGCUUGUCUCAUCGGCCUCGGCCAUUCAGCGUCUUUACCGACUAUCAUCCCUCCCCCGCGACCCGGAGACUGCUAUGUUUAUGUUGAACAACCCCUCUCUCCACCACAUUCUCGCCACCUUAUCCGCUAUCAGUGAUGACGAGUGGGAGAUUCUCAUAUCUGGCCGAUUCGACGGGUUCCUUCGCAGCGGCGCGGAAGACACAGGUCCCUCUGUUGCUACAUCUGGCUCUCGCUGGGGAAGUCGCUCCAACACACCCUUGGGUGCUGGAGGUAUUUCCCGAGGACCGACUCCCAGUUACAUGGAUGGCAGCUUCCGACCACCAAGCCAGGCAACCAGCGGACUAUCCUACUCAGCCUCUUUUGGCGCCCCGAUCGCCUUGGACGAGGAAACAGAAAUCGCUGCAUUGGCUGAAGUCGAGCGUGACAUCUUCCUAGGCAUGGAAGCCCUCGAAGAUGCAUUCGAAGCCCUGCACUGCAAAGCCGAAGUUAUCCGCCGCGCGCUCCGCGAACGGAGCGCCGGUCUCUCAGUCGCAAACCAAACCCGCCGAGGCUCCCACGUCGAAGCACGUCUAGGCACGCCAUUCUCUGGUGUCGGCACAUGGGAAAGUGGCGGCGAAGACGACUUCCUCCUUGACGACGAUCGCUCUCUUGCACCAGACGAUUCAGCAAGUAACAUCAGCUCGAACCGCCGCCGCCGGCCGAAGAGGCGUACGGAGCGUCGCACACCCGCACCAGUGGAGGAAGAAGACGAGGAAGACGACGGCAUCGGUCGCCGUGAUUCCCGCCACUCUCGACGGAGAUAA